AACCGCCCAAUACACGAGGAAAGUUAACAGACGAAGCCACUCCAUGGUAUCGUCUCACCUGCCUGCCCUGCAGAUGGCGUGAUAGCGACGAACUGAGAAGAGAGGGGUUGACGGCAGGCGUAAUGCAAGGGGCUUUUCUGUUUUCCCCUCCCCCGGCCUCCUGAAGCCAGACAGGGAGGAGAGUUGGAACCAGACUGGGAGCAGUCAUACAGAAAGCUGUGUCUCUGUGUUUAGCCAGACAGGCCCAAGUUUAAAGUCAACAGCACACCCAGCAUCAGUAAAAACACUCCGUGACAGCGAAAUAAAAGAAACUACACUACAGCACAUACCCGCAGAACUUGUACGUCAAGUAGUUACAGCGCUGCCACUGAAGGAAAUGUGUAAAGAUGUAAACCUCCGAGAAUCAGGAGAAUGGACAGAGAAGAAUGGAGAUCAUUCACAUGGAGGAUAAAGAAGGAGAAAGAAACAGGCCCUGCAGAGCCACUAAUUAAAGAAACGAUCAACUAUACUGUAGAUAUUUAAGAAGCAUGAUGGCUGUGUCUGUUCCCUUAGUGAGGGGCCACAUAACAUGUAUCUAAGAACUGUGCACGAAGUACCAUAGAAUGUGAAUGGGAAGUGUUUGGGACUAAAUCCUGGAGAAGAUUAUAACUACAUUUUUAAAAAAACAACAGUGAAGAUGGUUCAUUAUUCUGCUGUUACUUUCAAGUUUACAAUGGCAACAUUUUUGUGGCUUGGUGGUUAAUACUUUGUCAGUUUGGAACUUCAACUUUUGUUUGCACAACUGCUUUUAGGGAUUGUUUAUUUACGGAUGAAAUGCACUGCAAUUAGAAAUAGACUGUCAAGACCAGCAAUGGAGGUGUCCUGCCUACUUACUUCUCAAUAUCACUCAUUGAAGAUAAGUUAAAGUUUGAAUUGCAAGCUUUGCUUCAAAAACAGUAUGCAGGAACCCGAUCUUCAAUCCACAAAUGCUUUAAAAGAGUGCAAAUUUCCCUGCACCAAUGGCAACUGUUCGAAAUUCGGAAACUUGAUUUGCAACCAGCUAAAUGAUUGUGGAGAUAAUAAUGAUGAAGAAAACUGCCCACUAGUAACUCAGCAUCCACCUCCAGCAAUCUUUAGUUCUGAACAAGAACUCAUCAAGAUAAUCAUCAUUGUUGUGGCAAUGACAGUAAUGGUGGUCGUUAUUGUUUGCUUGCUGAACCAUUACAAGCAUUUCACAAGGUCUUUCAUAAACCGACAAAGUCAUGCCAGGCAGCAGGAGGAAGCCUUACAGCCAGAAGGGUGCCUAUGCUCAGCAGAUACCACAGUGUCUCAUCAUGGCGUUUCAGAGCUGAUGUAUACUCCAAGAUCAAGGGACAGAUUCACAGCCCCAUCAUUCAUGCAGAGGGAACGUUUUAGCCGCUUUCAGCCCACAUACCCCUACAUGCAACAUGAGAUUGAUCUUCCUCCCACUAUUUCACUGUCAGAUGGAGAGGAACCUCCUCCGUAUCAGAGACUGUGUACAUUGCAACUUCGAGAUCCAGAACAACAAUUGGAACUCAAUCGAGAGUCUGUCAGGGCUCCACCUAACAGAACCAUAUUUGAUAGUGACUUGAUCGAUGUCUCCAUGUAUAACGGAGGACCAUGUCCACCAAGCAACAAUUCAGGCAUAAGUGCAACAAAUUAUAGCAGCAAUGGAAGGAUGGAAGGACCACCACCCACUUACAGUGAGGUCAUGGGUCAUUAUCCAGGAUCAGCAUUUUUCCAUCACCAGCACAACAUGCCUCCUUCAACACACAGGGACAGUGAACACCAUUUUCAGCAGGAUAGUGAAGACAGUACAAUUGUCCCAUUCAGAGGGAAGGACUUGAACGCAGGAAAAAUUGUUUAACAGCCUGGAUGUAUGUGUGAACUGAAACAGGUGUGACACCAUUGAGUUGCACUCCUGUAGCACAUUGUUGUUCAGUGGGAAUUGUUUCAAUUUAGUAAAACCAAACAAAGUUGUUAACUUUCUUUGAGGAGUGCAUGAUAUAUUGAUUCUAACAGUAUAUAACUUCCACUUUGGCAAACUAGCAGCUUUUGGCAAACAGUUUUGUAUCUGGAUUAUUUCAUUUAAAAAAUUCUUAACACAGAAUUUCUGAUGUUAGCUUUUUUGUAGUAACUGAAUUGCUGGAUGCAUAAGGCAUUUAAUGAUAACUGUACCAUUUUGGCCAGUUUUGUGAUAUUUUCAAAUAGAAAAAUAAUACUUUAAUUCCUUUUGAGUGCCAAGACAAUAGAGUGGAAGAAAAAUGCAAUGAACUAACUUGUUUGUGAAAAAAUUAAAUGUUGCACUAUUUUCUUGUUUGAGAAAAGGGGAAUUGCUUUAGGUGGAAAACUUUAACUGUCUUUACUUUGUUCCACAUAUGUGAAAAUAAGACAGUUUCUAAGGAUGUAGGUAAAUUAGUUAGUGUUUUCAGUGCACAGAGGUUGUUUGUGAAAUGAGAUUUCUGGUUGCACCCUAAUGCCUGUUUACGCAGGAAAUGGAAAAUACAGGAACACAAAGUGUUAACUGUCAUCACAAUAACUAUCAGGAACAUUAUGGUGAGAAUUUAUAUCUUGAAAUUCCCUAGAUGGAAGGUGGUUUCAAGCUCCAAAUUUGCAGCUAUUUAGAAUAUAGUGAAGCAUAAUUUCAACUGCUCAAAGACUACAGCAUAUUUGCACAUCCUUAACUUUAGGUUCACUGAAAUUAGUGAAAAGAUGUUGUGUAAAGUGGAUGUUAUAAAGUAUCGUAUUAAGGGGUCUUCAUUUAAGUAUUCUCACAUUACAUUUGCAAAUAUCAAAACUGUUCGAUAACCGUUCAGUUCAUUAUACAUUCAGUCUAUAGAAAACAAACUUGAAUGCUUAAACUUGAAAGCUUGUGGUAAAAUCUAGAAAAAAUUAAUAGUAAUUUAGUUCUAGUUCAGUCAUAAUUUGCAGUGACUUUAAGGUUCACAUUAUAUUUAUAUAUGAAUCUAUUGAUGAGUUUAUUUCUCUAAAAAUGCUCGCAACUUAAGAAAAAUAUUUCUAAACAAAUUGUUCUGCCUGUUGCUUUUGGAAAGUUUCAAAUAUAUACCCAAUACUUUUGAUCCAACUGGGGUUCAGCAUGUGCAAAAUAUUUCAAAAAAAGCGAAAAGUCGUACCAUGAUUAUAAUGACGUCAGAGUGUUAACUCAUUUGUUUCCAUGUCUGUCUGUAGAAAUUAGAACAAAGUAUUGUCAAGGAUAUACAUCCAGGCACUAAAAGCAUCCCAGGAUUGGCAAAUACAGUCUGUGCUGACUGCAUUCCUCAUCACAACAUGUUAAAUUGUGUUUCAUUCAUUGAAUUUCCAAACUACCUUUCUGAAAUGACCCAUAAACUGAAUACUUGAAACUGUAUUGAAUGUUUCCUUUGACCUCAGUUAAAAAUUCAAAGCAGCUGUGGUUUACCAAAUUUCCCAUUAUUUUUCACCUCUUGCUUAUUGUUUUUUCGCAUUUGUGCACUUUUAAAGCCUGUGGAAAACAUUGAAAAGAGAGUAGUCUAACUGAGUGCCAAUAUAUAAUGUUUAGCAGUUGAAUUUAUAUUCAGCAAGUAAUGCUUAUAUAUUUACCAGCUUUGUGGGUUCAGAAAAAUCUAAUACAUGUCACUGCAGUGGAAAGAUAGUAAUCUUGUGCUGCAUAGUGGUAAAAAUUAGCAGUUUGACUAAUAAUAGUUCAGUGAUUUUCCAUGUUUCAUUCUUGCUAAUAAAAAUAGGUGUGGACAGAAAUAGGUUCAAAAGACUGAAAAAAAACCUCCCUUUGUUCCUUUAUUAAACUUUUUCAACAUAUAUAUUUACACAGCAGAUGUCGUGUUUUCAUUUAGGUGGCACAGGCAUCUUGGAUGAUAAUUCACAAGUAGCAAAAUUACUUUCUUGUUUGUAAUACAUGAAUGUAUAUGUUUACCUUCCUUUUUCUGACACCAAACCCCCCUCCUUUUGCUCUCAUACAGGAACUGGAACACGGAAAUUGAAGAUUUAGAGUUGUCCCACAAAUUGCACUGUUGUGUUUUGAAAUGAUUCAGAUAUGCCAGUACCGAUGGCAGUCAUUGCACAGUGGCCACAAAUGUAGUGGGAUAAAAAUACAUUUUGACAUAUUGUUGUCACUGUAUAUCCAGUUUCUCAUUUUAUGAGCAAAUUCUCUUUAAGGUACAGGCAACCUAAAUAUUAAGGUGAUUCUUCAAUCAAUAAAAAAACUAAUUAAUUUGAUAGUCAUAACUGCUGUGGAUUUGAAUCAUAAAUCCUUAGAAAUGAACAGCAAGGCAUCCAACCAAUUUUUCCACCGUUUCAUGGUUUCUGUUUUAUGUCCUUUUAAUGUUCGUGCCAUAGAUACUAUUGGUUAAAAAUGUUUCUUCAAAGAGUAAUAUAUAAUUCACCAGUCACACUUCAUAAAACAAGCUGACAGGCUAAUUUUUACAAUGUUUAGAUUAGCUUUAGGUCUGUUUUCUCAAGGGCUAUGAAGGAUCCUCUUAGAAUCUUGCCUUCUACUUUAGCCUUUUCUAAUAGCAUGUAACCUCAAGCAGGGAAUAGCAAGAAAUAGGAACUGCUCCUCAAACAAGAUGUACGUUUUUAAACAUGCUAGAAUAAAAUAAAUACUUAACACUGAAUGGAUCUUCACUUUUGCAAUGUAUUUUUCAACACCUGGCAAUAUUGCACUUUUGCUAUUUUUUAAGUUUCUUUUCAUAAAUGACCUUUACUCAUGCAAUGCAGUAUCCCAUACUCUUGAAUUAAAGGUAUAACAAAUACUAGUCACUAUUUUAAUUUGAUUCUGAAGCUUUCCUUAUUUUGUGUGUCAGGUGUAUGAUUUCCGAAAACAGCCAGUUAUUCGCUGGUGUGACUGCUGCUUCUAAUGCUGCUAUUGCUUUAAAUAAUUUGUAGGUCAGCUUAUAAUGGUCAUAUGGUAUAUCAUAAGACUUAGUGUGUGAAGGAACCUCUUAUGCUUUCUUUGUUAGCUUAUUAUGUAAACUGUGGUAGACAUUGAUCUAUAUAUAUUUUUGGAGAGGCUUGCAUGUUAUUAGUAUGUGAGCAGAUAAGGUGCCUCAUUUUCAGGUUUGGACACAUAUAGGAAUCCCCUUGCACUCUGAGCUCCCACCUUUGUUGUGCCUCACUUAAAUAUGGUGCUUCUUUUGUUGUCUGUCUCUUAUGUUUAUUUGUAAGGUGCUGUAUAUAACUUGAAUAUAUUAUGCACAUAUCCUGCCCAAUGGGUGGAAAACAUUGUUAAUAAUGUAUGAUAAUGUACAAUUGAUAAAUUUUAACACAAUGGCAUAGAAUUUGAAUGCCUACCAUGUGUUUUGUCCUUUCGUAAACAAAGUUUGCAGAGUGAUACAUAGAGAAAAAAAUCUACGUACUUUAUUUUCCUAAUAAAUAUUGUCCUAUAAUGCUGUAAUAAGAAGGUGAAAUCACUGGGCUCACCUCCAUAGUUGAGGACGUAAUCAGUUUGUACGUAACAGAAUUCUCAAUUAUGAAUGAACUUUGCAGUGAUGAAGAUUUACUCACUCACCAUUAAAACGGCAGCAGAAUAUUCACAAUUUAUUUUGCCUGUCACUCAGUCGUCACUUACUUGGACCAGUAUUAGUUUAAAGGAAGACAGACUUAGAUUUAUAAAUGUUAAAAAAAAUACUGUAAAGUUGAAUAUGUAGUUUAGGAAAGAACCUACAGACUAUUUUAAAUAUAAAAACAUCUAGGAAAAAAAAAGUAACUUGUCUAAACUUUUUAAAGAUAUAGAAAACAAUUAGAAUUAGAUGAAUUCUCAAAACACUUUAACAUUAUCAUCAAGGGCCUCCACGUUUUUAUUUUAUUUGGAAGAAAGAAGUAUGAUAACUCUAUUGUAAUUCAGUUGCUGAAUAAUAGAAUGGACCUGCUAAAAGACAGGGGUGGGAGUCAAAGUUUAGUAUGCCCCACAUCAAAUUUAGGUGAGGAGUGUUGGAGUGAUGAUCAAAUGCUUCACAACUGUAAAGCACAGCCACAAAUGACAGCCUCCGAAACUACAUUGUCAUUUGAGUCAUGGUUAACACCAAUAUGAUUGUAACUGUGAAUUUAAAGUUGUGAAUAAUUGGCAUUCAGAUUUUGUUAACGUGGUAUACAAAAUUCCCCAAUCUAAAUGAUUGAAUUGGGGGGAAUAAAUUAUGACUGUCCAAUCUCAACUUGACAAACAACAUUGACCUAUCAAAAGGGUAAGAAAUUUUCACAAUUCACAACUCUGCCAUUUACAUUUGAAACAAAUGGUGGUAGAAGCACAUAUGAUUUAACAUUAAUAAAGUAGGAACUUUUAUUGCUGCAAAUAAGCAUUUUAUUAUAAUUUACACUAGAAUCCUUGCCAAUUCUGUUAAUAAUGAUAUGAAUAAAAUCAUAUCAAAUACUUAGCUUAUCAGGUAUAAUAAUGAAAUACAGAUACAGCUAGUUCUGUCAAAUCUGUUAGCAAUUUUUAAUUGAUAGGUAUACUAAUGACUCCUUGUGGAUGAAUACAUUUCAUAGAGGACAUUUUCUUGAUAUAGCAGCAUUGAACAGAUUAGAACAUACAAAUGAAAAUGGUAGCUUUUGAGCUGUUUGUCUUUGUCGGCCUCUAUUUGAUCAUUUAUCAGCUACAGGAUAUGUUGCUGUAGCUUUCAAACCAUAUAUGCCCUUACUUUGUUACCAAACCAAAUUAUGUACAGCAAUAUCAAAUAGUUGAAUGUUUCUUGCAUUUAGAGUUCUGUUAUCACAAUUUGAUUCUGGCAGAAGUGUUAACUGUACAAUGUAACUUUAUACAAUUAUCAGAAAUUAAUGUGACAUAUAAUGGCAAAAUUUGCUUUUAUGGUUUUUUUAAACAGUAUUUGCAUUUUUCCUUAACAGUUAUCUACAAAAAAAUGAAACUUGUGUAUUUGCCUCUAAUUAAGCAAUGGUGAUGUCAUUGUUUAUAGACCCAAGGUCUGGUUAUUGCAAUACUUUACAGAAGAUGUUGCUAUGUGCUUUGUAGUCAAAUAUAUUUUAUGCUUGUAAUUGGCUGUGGUCAGACCAUAGCAAAAUCAUUAAACAAGAUC